AUGUUUGACAGUUGACACGUGUUUCUUUCGUUCGGUGUUUGGAACAUUGGAAUUUACUUUUUUGUUUUUAAAUUAUUAUUGAUAAACAAAACCAAAGCACACCAAAGUUUAAACAAAUGGAAGUAAAACAGGAUGUUAGUGAUGAGACGUGUCAACCAGAAAUAUUUUGUCCUGUGGAUAUUUGUAAUGCUGAAAUUAAGGAGGAGCCCAAGACAGAAAGUGAAUACCAUGCACUUGAUUUAGACUUAAAAGAAUUCCCCAUAAAGACUGAAAUAGACCAAGAGGAAUAUAUACUUACGUCAUUUGAAGAAAAUCAAACAAAUACAAGAGGUUUUCCCCCAGAAGAGAACACACUGAAAAGUAUAGAAACAAUAGAACAACAUAUGAGUCAAUCCGUUGAAGAAAAUUCAUUGACAUGUGACACAUUGGAAAUUAUGAAAACAAUACUCUCAGAACAACACAUGGGUCAACCCAUUGAUGAAAAUACAUUAACAUGUGAAAUUUGUUUUAAGCAGUUCGCUAGAAAACGUAAUUUAAUAACACAUUUGAGACUGCACACUGGAGAAACGCCACACAACUGUGGAAUUUGUUUUAAGCCGUUUACUACAGCAAGUACCUUGAAAAAUCAUAUGAUAUUGCACACUUCACCUGGAGUCUACAAGUGUGAAACUUGCUUUAAACAGUAUUCGACAGAAAAGUGUUUAAAAGAACAUUUGAAACUGCACACUGGAGACGCGCCUUUUAAGUGUGAAAUUUGUUUUAAGCUGUUUACUGCAUCAAGUCAUUUGAAAAGUCAUAUGAUAUGGCACACUGGAGAAACGCCUUACAAGUGUAUAAUUUGUUUUAAGCCCUUUACUACAGCAAAUAAUUUGAAAAGUCAUAUGAAAUUGCAUACUGGAGAAAAACCGCACCAGUGUGAAAUUUGUCUUAAGCAAUUUGUUGAAAAGUCAAAAUUGAAGAAUCAUCUGAGACUGCACACUGGUGAAACUCCUCACAAGUGUGAAAUUUGCUUUAAGCCGUUUACUACAGCAACUACCUUGAAAAAUCAUAUGGUAUUGCACACUACACCUAGAGUCUACAAGUGUGAAACUUGUUUUAAAGAAUGUUCUACAGCCAAGAGUUUAAAAGAACAUUUGAAAGUACACACUGGAGAAACGCCACACAAGUGUGAAAUUUGUUUUAAGACGUUAACUUCAGCAACUUUUUUGAAGAAGCAUAUGAUAUUGCACACUACACCUCAAGUCCUCAAGUGUGAAACUUGUUUGAAACAGUUCUCUACAGCAAGUCAUUUGAAAGUACAUUUGAAACUGCACACUGGAGAAACGCCUUACAAGUGUGAAAUUUGUUCUAAGCAAUUUAGUCAAUCAGGUUAUUUAAAAAAACAUUUGAGAGUGCACACUGGAGAAAAACCUCACCAGUGUGAAAUUUGUCUUAAGCAAUUUGUUGAAAAGUCUAAAUUGAAAAAGCAUUUGAGACUACACACUGGAGAAACUCCUUACAAGUGUGAAAUUUGUUUUAAGCUGCUUACUACAGCAAAUCGUUUGAAAAGUCAUAUGAAAUUGCACACUUGAAGCUGUUUUCCUGGGCAGGUUCCUUUUUUUAUUUAUUAAACACCAAUAAGAUGCUUAAAAACAUUACAAUAUGAUCAAAUAACAUGAUCAAUUAGCAACUUAUUUCUAACCUAAAUUACCUACUACUAAAAACUUAAGACUAAGGACAAACUCAGUAGCACCCCUUAGGUUCUGUUAAUUUAUUGCACAAAUGUUAACCCGUAUCAUCACUGGCACCGUGCACUACUUUUCACUUAACUAACUCGAAGGGUUUCUUCCUCUUGAGUCUUCUAGCUAGAUCCGUGUAGUCGAGGAGCUGGAUGACCUCAACAUUGACGUGUUGAAGAAGUCGUUGUUCGUGAAUCUUGGCAAAUUUUACAACAAUGGUCUUGGUCUCAACUAUCCAUGUCUAGGUCCCUAUGGAGGUCACUGUACCUAUAGUACCAAGGAGCGUUGACAAUGCUCCUUAGCACUUUGUUUUGGAAUCGCUGGAUGAUGUCUAAAUUACUGUUAUAGUUGUUCCAUUUUAUCUUUGCCCAUGCGCCAUGAUUCAUUUUCAAACAAAUUGAACCAAAACAGAAAGUGAAACGUAUGUCGAUGUGUAUAUACAUUUUAUAUGCUACAUACUAUAUAUUAUACACAUCCACGUGCGUUUCACUUUAUGUUUUGAUUUAAUUUGUUUGAAAAUGAAUCAUGACGCAUGGCAAAGAUAAAAUGAACAACUAUACUAGCGCAGCCCCAUAGCUGGAUGUCAUAUGUCCAUAUAGGUUUUAGAAUCUGUAUAUACAAAAGUAUUUUGUUGUAGAAUGACAGAGUGGAUUGUCUUCCCAAUAGCCAAAACAUUUUUUUAUAAUUCAUGUUAAGCUGUUCUCGUUUCUUUUUAACAUGAGCCCUCCAGCGUAGCCUAGCGUCUAAAGCGCUGGUUUCCUCGAAAGCGGCACCGACAAACUGCGACCAUAGCACUGUGAUGAAUUACGUCAGAUUACGGUGAAAAAUUCAAGGUUCUUCACUGCGGCAAUGGAAUGAGCAAGCUCAGCAAGCGGUGGCUUCCAACGCAUGCUUGGAAACCACUAUUAUUUUGCAUGGUACAGAUUUUUAUGAUGUCAUUCAUCGCAGUGUUACGAUCGCAGGUUGUCGGCAUCGCUUUCGAGGAAACCAGCGCUUAAUGUAGUAUCCAAAUAUUUUGCGGUAUUGGCAUAUGGUAUCUGAGUAUUAUUUACGUUAACAGGAAUGUAUUGUUUUUCUUGUUUGUAAAAUUUAUAUGCACUGACUUCAUUUCAUUUAAUUUAAUUCGCCAGCAUUUAGUCCACUUGUUAAGUCUGUUAACAGAGAUUUGUAGUUCAUGGUAUUCACCUACGGCCAAGACGGCAGUAUCAUCAGCAAAGGUAGCUAGGUGAAGAUGAUCUACUUCAGGGAUAUCACUAGUGUAUAAUAGGUAUAGGACCGGCCGGCGGCCCUGUCACACUACCUUGUGGUACACCUGCGUUGAUUUAUUUUAGUUCCGAGUAGGCUUCUUCCUGCUUAACCCUAAAAACUCUAUCUGAUACAUAAGAUUCCAAUAAUUCCGUGUAUUGUCUUGGCAAAAUCCUGAUUAAUUUGUAUUUAAGUCCUUCGUGCCAUACCUUAUCAAAAGCUUGCGCCACGUCGAGGAAGACAGCGGAGCAAACUUUCUUUCCUUUCAGCGACUUCUCUAUUAUAUCCUUUAUUCUAUGGACUUGGUCGAUAGUUGAAUGACUUUCUCGAAACCUUUCACAACUGGUGUGAUGGAAUUAGAGCCUUCCCGUCUAUGAGAGGUUUCAGCCUUUUCACCAAAAGCUUCUCGUACAGCUUCGAAAUUACGGGUAGUAAUGAAAUCGGCCUGUACGAUGAUACUGUAUUUGGUUGUUUUCCUGGUUCAAGGAUCAUUAUGAUCUCAGCCACUUUCCAUAUCUUGGGAAUAUAUCUUAACACAUUCACGGACACGCUUCACGUGUAGCCACAUGUUCUUAUGGAGUAAGUGACUUCAUAUGCGGUCAUGUCCGUGAAUGUGUUAAUCUGAACGAGGCAUUUAUAAGGUAUGUCAGUUUUACUAUGGAUUUUCUAGGAAGUUGUUUUAAGAUUUCUCCAGUAAUUAAGUCAAACCCAGGUGCUUUCCUGGGGUUCAUCGGCUACUUCUUUUGGAGUAACUAGUUUAAUUGCACCUUCUUCCUGUGACAUUUUCCCGUUGAAGUGUGUUAUGAUCUUCAUUUGGCUGGAAUGUUUCCUCGAGAUAUUCAGCAAAUUUAUUAGCCUUCUCUAAAUUGCAUUUUGCCCAGCUUCCAUCUGUAUUUCUUAGUGGAGCAUUUUGUAUUAUCGGUCGUUUUAAUUUCUUAGUGACUCUCCAGAGGAAAUAAUCAGUUGUGCUUUCAUUUGUCAAUUCUCUUAGGAUAUACAGGUCAUAUAUGGCACACUGGAGAAACGCCUUACAUGUGUAAAAUUUGUUUUAAGCCUUUUACUACAGCAACUACCUUAAACAAUAAUAUAUUGCACACUACAUCUAGAGUCUACAAGCGUGAAACUUGUUUUAAACAGUAUUCUACAGCAAAAGUUUAAAAGAAAAUUUGAAAGUACAUACUGGAGAAACGCCUUACAAGUGUGAAAUUUGUUUUAAGCCGUUUACUACAGCAAGUUUCUUGAAAAAGCAUAUGAUAUUGCACACUACACCUUAAGUCCACAAGUGUGAAACUUUCUUUAAACAGUUCUCUACAGCAAGUCAUUUGAAAGUACAUUUGAGACUGCACACUGGAGAAACGCCUUACAAGUGUGAAAUUUGUUCUAAGUCAUUUAGUCAGGUUAUUAAAAAUACAUUUGAGAGUGCACACUGGAAAAAACAUCACCAGUGUGAAAUUUGUCUUAAGCAAUUUGUUGAAAACUCAAAAUUGAAGAAUCAUUUGAGACUGCACACUGGAGAAACUCCUUACAAGUGUAAAAUUUGUUUUAAGCUGUUUACUACAGCAAGUCAUUUGAAAACUCGUAUGAGAUCACACACUUGAAGCUGUUUUCCCAGGCAGGUCACUAGAAACAACAUAAUUAUGAGAUUGCCCACUACAUCUGGAGUCUACAAGUGUGAAAUUUAUUUUAACCUUUAAACCAGUGAUGGGCAAAGUACGGCCCGCGGGCCAAUUUCCGGCCCGCGAAAGUAUUUAAUCCGGCCCGCCGAGGAUCCAUCGACAUGGAUAGUAUAUGGCCCGCUUUAACACAAAACGCAUUUUUUCUAUAAUUUUGGACCUUGAAUUCCUUAAAUUUUCUGGCCCCCCAUUAAAAAAAUUUGCCCACCACUGCUUUAAACCCUUGCUGGGGUACUGGAGUAUUUAUUGUGGAGUUUUAUUAUGAUUCUUGGAAUUGUAAAGAUUUAUCGCCGACCCUCCAUCUACCUUCCUAAAAUGCUAUUAGGCUCGACAUAGUGUAUGUUUCGUUCAGUUGCUCCCGAUACGCUACGCUACAUAGACGUGUUGGAGUCCAGUAGUACUUAGCUUGGCCAACUUUACCAGUAUAUCUUCCGGAAGAUAUCAAGAGUAUUUUGAAGGAAGGUGGACCUAAUGAAAUUCAAGACGAACUCAUGCAAAUUCAGCCAGGUGCAGUUUCUGUGUGCGAACCCGAGACCGCAAGAGCCGAACGAGGUGCAAUGUGUGCAAAAAAUUCAGCUGUGCAGAACAUCAAAUUAAAGUUUGUCCAGGAUGUUCUGAGAAACAAUAAUGUUCACAGAGUAAUUAAAAUUCGUUAGUUACAUUUGUGUUUUUUGAUUUAUUUUUUAAUGGGGUACUAGUGUAUCCCAGGGUAGUGUAAGUGUAAUUUUAAAUAUGGGUAGCGUUUAAAAGUUAAGCAGUAUUCUACAGGAAGUAGUUUAAAAGUGUGAUAGGACUGGUCCUAUACCUAUUAUACACUAGUGAUAUCCCUGAAGUAGAUCAUAACACAAUAGCUACCUUUGCAGGUGAUACUGCCGUAGGUGAAGACCCAGCAAGAAAACUACAAAUCUCUGUUAACAGACUUAACAACUGGACUAAAUGCUGGCGAAUUAAAUGAAAUAAAGUUAGUGCAUAUUAAUUUUACAAACAAGAAAAAACAAGACAUUCCUGUUAAAGUAAAUAAUACCCAAAUAUUUAGGUAUUACAUUUUACAUUCGACGCUAGGCUACGCUGGAGGGCCCAUGUUAAAAAAAAUAAGAGAACAGCUUAAUACGAAAGUAUAAAAAAUGUUUUGGCUGUUGGGAAGACAAUCCACUCUGUCAAUCUACAACAAAAUACUUUUGCAUAAACAGAUUCUAAAACCUAUAUGGACAUGGGGCUGCGCUAGUAAUAGUAAUUUAGACAUCAUCCAGCGAUUCCAAAACAAAGUGCUAAGGAGCAUUGUCAACGCUCCUUAUAGUACUAUAGGAACAGUGACCUCCAUAUAGGGACCUAGACAUGGACACUGUUAACAAGCAAGACCAUUGAAAAAUUUACCAAGAGUCACGAAUAAAGACUUCUUCAACACGUCAAUGUUGAGGCCAUUGAGCUCCUUGACAACGCGGAUCUAGAAGGCUCAAGAGGAAGAAACCCUUUGGGUUAGUUAAGUGAAAAGUAGUGCACGGUGCAAGUGACGGUACAGGUUAAUAUUUGUGCAAUAAAUUAACGGAACCUAAGGGCUACUAGUGAGUUUGUCCUUAGUCUUAAGUUUUUAGUAGUAAUUUAGGUUAGAAUUAAGUUGCACAUUGAUCCAUACUAUUUGAUCAGAUUGUAAUGUUCUUAAGCAUCUGAUAGGUGUUUAAUAAAAAAAAUCUGAGACUGCACACUGGAGAAACGGCUCACAAAAAAAGCACAUACGUAGACUGUUGUAAAAGAUUACAUGCAAAUACAAUUCUGAGAUUAACGUUAUCAAGUGGUAUUUAUACAGCGUGGGCCAAAGAAAAGAGUCCACCCCGAUAUCUGGCAGUAGUUAUUAGAUUUUAAGAAAAUUCCGAAACAGGUCGAUUUUUGAUCUAAGGGGGACACAUUUUUCCGGUACAUACAUCUGUCAUUUGUCAAACCCUUUCCUUCCACUUCCCCUACCCCUUAUUUUUAAAUAGGGAAUAGGGGUUGUGCUAGCUCAUUUGAAAGGGUGUUUCUCUAUUCAGUAACAUAAACAUUAACAUAAUUAGAUAAAAGGCAUAUUUAAUUUCGAUUCAGAGAUCAUUACCAUCUUUCUAUGGACCAUUUCGAACUCUUUUCUUCUCAUCAGGAAAGCACUGUAAUGAUGCUCUGAAUCGAAAUUAGACACCUUUGCCAUUCAUGCCAAUUAUAAAAUAUAAUUAACAUUAAGACGCGAUAGUGACCUCUAUUAACAAAAUGUCGAAACCCAAAAGACUCCAUUUUCAAACAAAUAAAUGUUUAAAAAUAAAAUCUUUGGAUUUCUUAAUUCGGAAACAGAUUCUCUCUUAUACCUAUUCCCAUCCUUCUAAAAUUGCAAGGAAUAAAGGGUGAUGAAUGUAGAUACAUGGGGAGUCUAAAUAGUUGCACUCCACAAGAUAUCAAUUCACCGAGGUAAAGAUCAACAAAUCUGCUUCCUGGUACUCAAUACGUGAGUAAAAACGCAGGUAGAUAAAAGGCAUUAUAUUUAAUUUCGAUUCAGAGAUCAUUACCAUCUUUCUAUGGACCAUUUCGAACUCUUUUGUUCUCAUCUUUUGGGUUUCGACAUUUUGUUAAUAGAGGUCGCUAUCGCGUCUUAAUGUUAAUUAUAUUUUGUAAUUGGCAUGAAUGGCAAAGGUGUCUAAUUUCGAUUCAGAGCAUCAUUACAGUGCUUUCCUGAUGAGAAGAAAAGAGUUCGAAAUGGUCCAUAGAAAGAUGGUAAUGAUCUCUGAAUCGAAAUUAAAUAUAAUGCCUUUUAUCUACCUGCGUUUUUACUCACGUAUUGAGUACCAGGAAGCAGAUUUGUUGAUCUUUACCUCGGUGAAUUGAUAUGUUGUGGAGUGUAACCAGAGAACAAUAACCACAUAUACAAUAACCACCAUAUGUGGUUAUUGUUCUCUGGUGCAACUAUUUAGACUCCCCAUGUCUCUACAUUAAUCACCCUUUAUUCCUUGCAAUUUUAAAAGAAUGGGAAUAGGUAUAAUUAAGAGAGAAUCUGUUUCCGAAAUAAGAAAUCCAAAGAUUUUAUUAUUUUUAAACAUUUAUUUGUUUGAAAAUGGAGUCUUUUGGGUUUCGACAUUUUAUUAACAUAAUUAUUUAUACAGGGUGUCCAAGAAAAAAAUAUUUUAAUUAAGUAAAUUAAUUUACACAAAAAGAGGAAUGUAUGAAAUUUAUUUAAUUCAAAAUACAGUGGAACCCCGAUAACCCGGAAGUCCGGCUAACCCGGACCGAUUUUCAUCAGACAAACAUUUUAACAAAUAAACAAUUUAACAAUUUUAUCAAAUAAAAUUGUAUGUAGGUAAAAUAAUAUUUGAGAGAUAAUGUGUAUUUGUGUAAUUUGAACUAUUCGCGGUGUGCAAGUACUUGGAAGGGAAGCGAGAAACGAUCGUGCGCGAGUCGCGGAGAAAUAUUGCAACUAUCUUAAAUAAUUCAUAUUGUCAAUUGAAAUUGUCAAAUUGACGUAUAUUUCAUACUUUCUGUCAUUGAAGCAGAAAAAUUAUAUAUUGCUCCACAAUAUUGAUAUGAUAUGCAAUUAUUAUAUAAAGGUAAAUUUAAUUAAUUGUAUUUUGCUUGCAGUACUGCAUUUUAAUAACUAAUUUUAUUUACUACAUACAAUUGUUUACGUUUGCAUAACAUAACCUGCAUCUUAUUUUUUCUUAUUAUUUUUUUGGACUAUGGCCUUGACAAUUAUCCAGCAACCAGGACUAAUAUAAUUGGCCAAUAUAAUUAAAAGUGCGAAUAAAAGUACAGAGCGUAGAAAUAGAGGUCGCUUUGCCGAACUUGCACGGUCCCAAUACGAUAGUAAAAAUGAUUCAUGGCACACGGCGGCGGCAGAGCGACCGUCUCGGCUUAUCGGAAGCAACAGGCACCUGUCUGUAUUUCUUUAUUUAUUUCAAACUGUUUUAGCAUUGUUUAAAAUAGACUAAAAGACUAUUUAACAAAUUUUUUUUUAAAACAAUGGUCUUAGUCUGUUCUUAAAUAACAUAACAUUGUUCCUUGUGACCCUAUUGUAUGUAGUAAUGUAGUACAGUCGUAUUGUUCACUUCCGUUUCUGUAAUCGUGCUUCAGAUAGUGUUUGCGUGUUUUUUGUCUACGUAAUGGCAACAAAACGUUAAAAUGUUGUAGUGACAAUGGAAAAGAAACUAAGCAUUAGGUAGGAUUGAUAAAGGCGAAUCUUUAAAAUCAAUUUAUUGAAACAUCAUAUGGUGUCGGUACAUCUACAGUAUGACUGAGUUUUUUACCAAGAAAUGAGCAAUAAUCCACACUAUACAACUAUAAGUAAUUUAGAUGUGUUAUGUACUGUGCAUAUGUGUCUCAUGUUUUGUAAUUAUAAUGGAGUUUAUCUGUAAGUAUACCGUAUUUUAUUAAUCUUUACCAUAUUCUCCGGCUAACCCGGAUCGGCCGCGGUGCGGUCCCAUUAAUCCGAGUUAUCGAGGUUCCACUGUACAUUCUAUUGCUGUCACAAAACAGAAAAAAUGUUUUUUGAUAAAUAAACAUGGCUUUUCGCUUAAUUUCAAUGUUUAAGCUGCCACCCCUCUGCCUCUUGGUAGAUUGAAUAUUUAAUUUAAGCAACAAACAAUGUUUAUUUAUCAAAUAAACAUAAUUUUUUGUUUUCUGUCUGUAGUAAAAUGUAUUAUGAGUUUAAUAAAUUACAUAAGUUCUUCUUUUUGUGUCAAUUAAUUUAAUUAAAAAUAAUUUUUCUUGGACACCCUGUAUAAAUAAUUAGGCCAAUAUUAAUAUUACUGAAUAGAGAAUUGAAUAACCUUUUAAAUGAGCUAGCACCCGACCCCUAUUCCCUAUUUAAAAAUAAGGGUGGGGGAAUUGGAAGGGAGCGGACUGACAGAUGUAUGUACCGUAAAAAUGUGUCUGCCUUAGAUAAAAAAUCGACCUGUUUCGGCAAUUCCUUAAAAUCUAAUAACUACUGCCAAGUAUCGGGGUGGACUCUUUUCUUUGACCCACACUGUAUAUCUAAAAAAAUCUUCCCAUAAGUUAUUCUUUCAAAAAUUUUCAUUCGAUUAAGUAUUAAACAUUGAUUUAUUACAAAAACACUGCUUUCACCUUUCACAUGACUGUAGUGUUUAGCAUUUUGGUAACAAAUUGGAAUAUUUGAAUGUUUUAGUAAAACUAUGAUUUUUGUCUUAUUGUUAUUAGCGCAAUUUUUUAAGGAACUUUAGUAUUUUUUAUGUAGAUAGUAUGUACCUACUUUUAAAAUAAUUUUAAGUUAUAGUAUAAUUAUUCAAUAAAACAUUAAAUUGUC